AUGCAGUCAGGUAAAGUGAUCAUAGAAGAUGUGGCUGUGGUCUUCACGCACGAAGAGUGGGAUUUGCUUGAUCCUGCUCAGAGGAAACUCUACAGAGACGUGAUGAUGGAAACCUUGAGAAAUCUGGCUUCAGUCGCCCUCACUGCACCUAUGCAAAUUCAUAAUGGAGAGAGUCCCUAUGAAUGUAAGGAAUGUGGGAAAACCUUUUGCCAAGCGUCAAACCUCACAACGCGUAGAAGAAUCCGCACUGGAGAGAGGCUCUAUGAAUGUAAGGAACGUGAGAAAUACUAUACUCAAUGGUCAGGCCUCAGAAUACACAGAAGAAUCCACAGUGGAGAGAGGCCCUAUGAAAGCAAGGAUUGUGGGAAAUCCUUUUGUCGACUCUCAAACCUCAUAACACAUAGAAGAAUCCUCAGUGGAGAGACUCACUGUGAGUGUAAAAAAUGUGGAAAAGCCUUUAUUUCUUCCACAGCCCUCUCUGCACAUAUGCGAAGUCAUAGUGGAGAGAGGCCCUACGAAUGUAAGGAGUGUGGGAAAGCCUUUCUCCGAGCUUCACACCUCACAACACAUAGAAGGAUCCACAGUGGAGAGAGGCCCUAUGAAUGUAAAGAAUGUGGAAAAGCCUUUAUUUCUUCCACAGACCUCACUUUACAUAUGCGAAUUCAUAGUGGAGAGAGGCCCUAUGAAUGUAAGGAAUGUGGGAAAGCCUUUAUCCGAGCUUCACACCUCACAACACAUAGAAGAAUCCACAGUGGAGAGAGGCCCUAUGAAUGUAAUCUGUGUGGGAAAUCCUUUACUGUCCUGUCAAGCCUCACAACACAUAGAAGAAUCCACAGUGGAGAGAGGCCCUAUGAAUGUAAGGAAUGUGGGAAAUCCUUUACUCAGUGGUCAAGCCUCACAAAACAUAGAAGAAUCCACAGUGGAGAAAGGCCCUAUGAAUGUAAUGAGUGUGGGAAAGCCUUUCUCAGAGCAUCAUCCCUCAGAACACAUAGAAGAAUCCACAGUGGAGAGAGGCCCUAUGAAUGUAAGGAAUGUGGGAAAUCCUUUACUCAGUGGUCAAGCCUCAGAACACAUAGAAGAAUCCACAGUGGAGAGAGGCCCUAUGAAUGUAAGGAGUGUGGGAAAGCCUUUCUCCAAUCUUCACACCUCACAACACACAGAAGAAUCCACAGUGGAGAGAGGCCCUAUGAAUGUAAGCAGUGUGGGAAAUCCUUUACUCGAGGGUCAAGCCUCACAACACAUAGAAGAAUCCACAGUGGAGAAGACCUUAUAAAUGCAAGGAUUGUGAGAAAUGCUUUCGUGGACUCUUACACCUCAUAA